AUGGCAAACACAGACUGGAGAAAUCAAACGUCCAUCACCAAUUUCAUCCUCCUGGGAUUUGGGAAUCUCCCUGAACUACAGAGCCUUCUCUUCCUGGUUUUCUUGGUGAUCUACAUCGUGACCAUGUCUGGGAACAUCCUCAUUGUUGUGCUAGUUGUGGCUGAUCAGCACCUUCACACCCCCAUGUACUUCUUCCUGGCAAACUUGUCCUGCCUGGAGACCUGCUACACCUCCACCAUCCUGCCCAGGCUGCUGGCCAGUUUCCUGACUGAGGACAGAACCAUCUCAUUUAGUGGCUGCAUCACACAAUAUUACUUUUUUGUUUUUCUGGCAUCUACAGAAUGCUAUCUCUUAGCAGCAAUGUCUUAUGAUCGAUGUUUAGCGAUAUGUAAACCUCUGCACUAUGCAGCCCUUAUGAACAGCAGGUCCCAUCUCUGGCUAGCAGCUGGGUCUUGGAUAAGUGGAUUCCUAUCUGGUAUCGUAUCAACAUUAUCAAUGUGUCAGUUAAUUUUCUGUGGUCUCAAUGAAAUUGACCAUUUCUUUUGUGAUUUUGUCCCAAUGAUGAAGCUCACGUGCAGUGACAUUCACCUGAUGAAAGUUUUGGCUUUUACACUAUCCUUGAUUUUCUCUCUAAUCCCAUUUCUUUUAACUCUGACAUCCUACAUUUAUAUCAUCUCCACAGUCCUGAGCAUCCCUUCCACCACAGGGAGGAAAAAAGCAUUUUCCACCUGCUCCUCUCACCUCAUCGUGGUUACACUUUUCUACGGGACCAUAACUGUUGUCUAUAUGUUUCCAGCAACCCAUAGGCUGAAAGACUUAAGCAAAGUGUUCUCUGUCUUCUACACGGUCCUGACUCCCAUGGUCAAUCCUCUCAUAUAUAGCCUGAGAAACAAAGAGGUGAAGGAGGCCAUGAGGAAAGCUCUUAGGAAAUAUAUAACUUUCCAGAGUUCAAAAAUUUUACUAAACUGGGGGUUUUUUAGGUUAAAAUGA